GAACCGGUGAGCCAAUCCCCGCAGACCGUCACGCCCUCCUCUGGCAUCACUACCGCCUCCGGGCCAGGCCCCGCCCCUCUCUCCCGGCGUCGCUCGCGCGCUGGAGUCAAGAUGGAGGAGUACGCUCGAGAGCCCUGCCCCUGGCGAAUUGUGGAUGACUGCGGAGGGGCCUUUACGAUGGGUACCAUAGGUGGUGGCAUCUUUCAAGCAAUCAAAGGUUUUCGCAAUUCUCCAGUGGGAGUAAACCACAGACUACGAGGCAGCUUGACAGCUAUUAAAACCAGGGCUCCGCAGCUGGGAGGUAGCUUUGCAGUGUGGGGCGGUCUGUUUUCCAUGAUCGACUGCAGCAUGGUUCAGGUCCGAGGGAAGGAGGACCCGUGGAACUCCAUCACGAGCGGGGCCUUGACAGGAGCCAUCCUGGCAGCACGAAAUGGACCAGUGGCCAUGGUUGGGUCAGCCGCGAUGGGUGGCAUCCUUCUAGCUUUAAUCGAAGGAGCUGGUAUCUUGUUGACGAGAUUUGCCUCUGCACAGUUUCCCAAUGGCCCUCAGUUUGCUGAAGACCCCUCGCAGUUGCCUUCAUCCCAGCUACCACCCUCACCUUUUGGAGACUACCGACAACAGUAUCAGUAGGGCUUGUAACGGAGUGAGCUGUAGUUCAAGAAGGAUCUCAGCAGCACGUGCGGUCGGUUUCUAAAUCACAGGUGGUGCGACUGGCCGAUAGGCCACGAAGAGACAUUUAGCACUUUUUCUAUUUAAAGGAACGUGGGGGCUGUUAAACGGUGAUCACACGCGAAUGGCAUGUGUGCUCAAAGGAAAUGUCCAGUAUAUUUAAAAGAAAACACUCAGUGCUUAGAAGAUGAAGGACCAAAGGGCAGGCAGCAGUGAAACAUGCUGUCACCUCCUUGGGGACUUCUCCGCCUGGUUUUGUGUGUGCUGUUAGUCAAACAAUAAACACUCCUGGAACUUGCUCCUUCUUUUAAGAUAGCCUGUAGAGAUGUACUUUCCAUUCUCCGAUACUUCAGGUAGUGCAGAGUACGUUGGAAAUCGCAUGUUUUGUGCUUAGGCCCUCGUCCCACUGGCAGGGGAUUGGGUGUGUGAGAAUCAUGCCGUCAACAUGCAUCCUUCCACAGAGAUGCUGUGUGGAUCGAAGGCUGCGGGAAAAUGCUUCCCUUCGCUUGGAAAGGAAAACACACUUUCUUGGUUUGCAGGAUGUCAGACACAAAACUCUACGUUCGAGGCUACUGAAAACCCCCGGAACAGCCUCCUUCCAGCGUAGCCGGUUCUGUGCGAGGACGCUUCCCUGAGGGCUGGUGGCACGGGGGGUGUGCUGUUGCGUGUUGCUCGACAAUAAAACAUGCUGUUUUAAUGUG